ACCCGCUAAUUCUGUUCCUCCGCUCACUUCAUUUCCUCAAAUAUUCUUCCUCUUCUUUGGAGAAAUUACCAGUAAUCAAAACAAUCCAAUGUCUCUCUUCCUUUCAUUUGUCGCCCAAGUCAUUUUCUUUCUCUUUCUUUUUAACUUCCUACAAUUCCCACCCCACAGCGUCAAACCCCCUUCCUGUAUUUUAUUUUUGUGCCCUAACAGAUUUUGUUCUUUCAGAGUUUUGCGUGGGUUUUUGCGGCUAACACCCCCUUUUAUUCGAUUUUGGAAGAGAACAUUGAAUUGAGUUGAUCCUUUCUUGUAGAUUUAGGGAUUACUUAUUGGAGUUAUUAUUUGGAAAAGCUUGUGAUCAAGAGAUGAGCUUCUUUUCUUGUUUUUCAUUCGACGGCAGGAAGAAAUCAAAGAAGCAUAAUGCAAGGAGGGUGCCAUUACGGGCUCGAUUAGUUCAGGUUUCACAUCAGGAGAGCGAAUCCCGUUCCAAGCAAGGAGUAGCAAAACAGAGGGCUGUAGCUAAAACAGUGGCAGAGAAAAGAGACACGGGAAAUGGAAACAUUGCAGCACAAACAUUCACAUUCCGUGAGCUCGCUGCGGCUACCAAAAACUUUCGACCAGAAUGUCUUAUUGGUGAAGGAGGAUUUGGAAGAGUUUAUAAGGGCCGACUUGAAAAAACUGGCCAGGUUGUAGCUAUUAAGCAGCUAGAUAGGAAUGGCGUGCAAGGAAACAGAGAGUUCCUUGUGGAGGUCCUCAUGCUCAGCCUGCUCCAUCAUGAGCACCUUGUCAACCUCAUUGGAUAUUGUGCUGAUGGAGAGCAAAGGCUUUUGGUUUAUGAGUACAUGGCUCUGGGUUCUUUAGAAGACCAUUUGCUUGAGAUAUCACCUAAUCAAACGCCCCUUAGUUGGUUCACAAGAAUGAAGAUAGCAUUCGGCGCAGCCAAAGGUCUCGAGUAUUUGCAUGAGAAAGCUACUCCUCCUGUAAUAUACCGUGAUCUCAAAUCAUCAAACAUCUUACUCAAUGAGGACUACAUCCCAAAGCUCUCAGAUUUUGGCCUUGCUAAGCUCAGUUCUCUUGAUGAAAAGGCCAAUUUAUCAUCGAGAGUGAUGGGUACCUAUGGUUAUUGUGCACCAGAGUAUGCCAGGACUGGUCAACUCACUAUUAAGUCAGAUGUAUAUAGCUUUGGAGUGGUGCUCCUAGAGCUUAUCACAGGCAAAAGAGUCAUUGACACAAGGAGGCCGAUUAAGGAGCAAAAUCUAGUUGCCUUGGCACAACCCAUAUUCAAGGAUCAAAAGAGAUAUCCAGAGUUAGUGGAUCCUCUUCUGGGAGAGAACUUCCCAUCAAGGGGCCUAAACCAGGCAAUGGCAGUUGCCGCUAUGUGCCUCCAAGAGGAUGCUUCAGUUCGUCCAGUGAUGGCAGAUGUAGUUGUAGCUCUAUGCUACCUUCAAGAAUCACCAUGCAGUGUGGUUGACGGGAGCUCCAACCAUCGUCAGCCUCUCUUAGACUCACAAGAAGAUGAUAUACCCAACAUCCAUGGAAUACUUGUUGAUAAGACUACCGUGAAUCGCCAACACGCUGUUGCAGAGGCUAUCCGGUGGGGCUCAAAUAAUUCAAGAAAUGGUCAGAGGUCACGACGUGGAAUUGGUCCUUUGUAAGCUCUUUACAUGGAAGAGAAGCUUAGUAUACAUCUCUUCACAAUUCACAUCUAUGUUGAUGCUAAUAUGAGGAUUGUAUUUAAACAAUAGGUAAUGAGGUCAUUGGAAAAUGCAAGUGGUAAAAAUAUUGGAUGAUGGACUGUGGUUUUCCUUACAAACCACAUGUAUCUCAUUUUAUUUUUACUAUUUAUGCAAGAAGAUGAUUCUGAUAAUCAUAGAAUAUAUGUUAUAACAUUUUCUGUGGCUGAGUGACAUGCAAUUUUUAUGAGGAAUAUACACAAUAUUACUAAUUAUGCAUA